AUGAAAUCCUAUCUUUAUUUCGUCAUUAGUUUUAUAACUCAGUAAAUUGAAAUUUUUUUAUUUUAAAUAUAUUUUAAUUAACAAUUUAUUUACAAUAACUAAUUUUCUUGCGAAAACUUGAAUGAAAGAAUGUAAUUAAUUGAGUAUUUAAUUAAAGCUUUAAAAAUUAGAGUUAUUUAAAAGCUUGAAUUCAAGCAAUAUUUUAGAAGUAAAGAGUUAUUUGCUUCUGAAAAAUAAAUCAGUGGAAUUUAAAUAUAAUUACUUAGUACAAUAUUUUAGAUAAGCAUAAUAUUGAUUCUAUAAAUAGACAAUUCAAGUUUUGGAAUAAAAAGAUUUAUUUAUUAAAGCAAUUGUUUCUAUUAUUAAUAAUAUAAGGAAUAGACUUAUAAUUAGAUGUAUUUAAGUAAGAAAUUAAGGUGUAUUUCAUAUAUUGAGUUUUUGCUUUAGCCAGGUAAACAGCUUAAUAAAAAACUUUAAAGAGAAAAAAUCUAAUAAAACACAAUUGGUUUAUCUGUUAAUGAACGUAAUGCUAAUUAUUUAGUAUUGUUACAUUAGAAAUUGAUUACUGGAUUAAUAAAGAAAAUUUAUAAUUAGAUAAAUAAAAGUAAAGUUAAUUUUAUAUAAAUUAAAUGCAUUUUGUUCUAAAAAAAGAUACUUUUUGAUAAAGAUAAUAAAUGA